AUGCGAAGAUUUACGUGCGGUUCUGCUCGGUGUGUCAUCGGUUCGUUCCCCCGCGGGGAUUCCACUGCCGUCAUUGUAACAUAUGCAUCCGCGAUUUCGAUCAUCACUGUCCGUGGGUGUCGAACUGCGUGGGUCUUCGAAAUCACCGGUAUUUCGUGUGGUUUCUGGUAG